GACCUAAAACCCUGCGUGUUUCUUCUUUGCUCUAAACAUCAACUCAGCUCUACCUUUCCUUCUCUUUGCUGCCGCCACUUUACUCCUCUCCAGAGUUUAAAAUCAUGUCAUUGCUGGAAGUAAUCACCAAGGCUUCAGCCGAGUCCCAAUCGCUCUAUUCCCCAUCAGAAUACCCAAUUGUUCUCGACCCAGAUUCUAUCUUCCCCAAUUUGAAGCCCAAACUCGACGAUCCAAAUCCCAUCUCAGCCGCAAUUCCUCUUAAUGGUUGGGAAAUUUCACAGACCGAUUCAGAGCUCAUUGAGUUGGGUAAGAAGUUCACUACCAAGCUCAAGAAGAAGCUCAAGAACCCAGUUAAGUUUGACAGAGCUGAGUUCUUGGGAAUGGUGAACGCAUUUCUUGAGAAGAUUAGGGACAAGGUCGGUGUUUCGAUUGGGGUUGUUGAUUCUAGUAAUGAGGGGUAUACAUUGGUUUUGGUUGAGAAGGUUAGGGAGUAUAUGGGGAAGGAUGUUGCUGGUUUGGUUUUGGAGGCUUGUGUUGUGUUGGAGGUUUGGGAGUUAGUGGGGACUUUGAUUGCAAAUGGGCUUGUUUCGAGUUCUUGUUAUAAGGAUUUGGUUGCAAAGAUUGUGGCAAAGAGGAGGACAGAGUUGGUUUGUAUGUGUUUGAGGUAUGCGUCUGAUCUUGGAUCGUCGGAGUUGGUGAUGAUCUUGAAGUAUUUUCUUAGUCCAACUAAGGAUGCUUAUGAUAGCAUUGUGGAGGUGAGGAAGGAAUGGGAGAGCCAAGCCUUGUUGGCCGCGGAGAAGGCUAGUGAUAGGAGUCUGUCCGGGAAGAAACUUUGCAUGGCAAAAGAGGCUGCGGUGUUGCUUAUGGUGGCGUAUGAUGGGUUCUCUUCCGCGGAACUCUGUUUGCAUUAUUUGUUGGUGUCAAAGAAUGUUGAUGAGGUGAUAUUGUCGUCUGCGGUUAGUAAGUUGAGUGGGAAAGAGAUGGUGAGUUUGCUUCGGUAUUUGGGGAAGUGGCUGAAGAAGUACGAGAGGUUUCCUCAGGCAGGUCCAUGCCACAAGGCAUCAACUACAUUGGGUUUGAAGGCUUGUGAUUGGGUUCCGAAACUUGAAGAUGUUCUGAAAUGCACUGGGGUGGUGCUGGAUGAGAAUUACUCUGCGUUGGUGUUGCAUCCGGAGUUUCACGAAGAGCUGAGGUCUAUAAACAAAGUUGUCGGUUCCUUGACCUUGGAAGCAAGGCUCUGCUACUCUGUGGCCAAUGUGGCUGAUAAGUUGAAAGCUGAAGUUUAAGGUCUCAAAACCAGAUUCUGUGGUGGUGUUUCAUCAAUAUUCUUUCUAAGUUUCUUCGGUGAUAUUGGGCUCCAUCAAUACUGUAGUAUGACUGGAAUUUUGUUAUGAAUGAAUUUUUGCAGUUACAGUGAACUUUG